CCCUCGGACAGGAGCGCACCGCCUGCCCCCAGCUCCUUGGAAAGGGAGGAAUUUAGAAAAAAAGUUUCCCAGAAGUUUGGAUCAGAGGAAGGACAGGACGACCAAGAGAGGAAGAGGGAGAGGGAGGAGAGAAAGGGAGAGGGAGGAGAGAGAGAAUAAAAAAAAGAUGAAGUCCAGUCUGCACAGUCUGUGAGCGCCUGCCCCGGUGGGUGGGAAGCAGGACUCCGGCGCUCAUGCAGCGAGCGGGCGGCGCUCCGGGCGCUCGUUCCUAGCGGCUGGGGCAGCUAGGGGCGCCGGUCGGAGCUGCGGCAGAGGGCGGGGGAGGGCGCAGGGGGAGGGUGCCGAGGACCCGCGGAGCCGCCGCCUUAGUCUCGGCCACCGCGCCGCCGCCUCUCCCGGGCUCGGCCCGGCGGGCGCUCUGAGCGUGAGGGCGCGGGCUGCUCCCUCAGUAGCGGGCGCGAGCCGGGGCUAGGGUGCGGGCGGCUAAGAUGAGUGAAAGGAGAAGAUCUGCAGUCGCCCUGAGCUCUCGAGCACAUGCUUUCUCCGUUGAAGCCUUGAUCGGCUCAAAUAAAAAGCGGAAACUGCGAGACUGGGAGGAGAAGGGGCUGGACCUGUCCAUGGAGGCGCUGAGCCCCGCGGGCCCACUCGGAGACACCGAGGACGCGGCCGCACACGGCCUGGAGCCUCACCCCGAUUCUGAGCAGAGCACUGGUUCAGACUCCGAGGUGCUCACUGAGCGGACUUCCUGCUCCUUUGACACUCACACUGACCUGGGCCCUGGUGCUGCAGGCCCUGUGCCUGCUGCCCUGUCUUCCAUGGAGGAGAUUCAGGUGGAGCUGCAGUGUGCUGACCUCUGGAAGAGGUUCCAUGACAUUGGAACCGAGAUGAUCAUCACCAAAGCAGGCAGGAGGAUGUUUCCUGCCAUGAGAGUGAAAAUCACUGGCCUGGAUCCACACCAGCAGUAUUACAUAGCAAUGGACAUUGUGCCUGUGGACAAUAAAAGAUACAGAUAUGUGUAUCAUAGCUCCAAGUGGAUGGUGGCUGGCAACGCUGAUUCCCCUGUACCCCCAAGAGUUUAUAUACACCCUGAUUCUCUAGCUUCUGGAGACACUUGGAUGAGACAGGUGGUCAGUUUCGACAAACUCAAGCUGACCAACAAUGAAUUGGAUGAUCAAGGACAUAUCAUUCUGCACUCUAUGCACAAAUACCAGCCUCGAGUUCAUGUGAUUCGCAAGGAUUUCAGCAGCGACCUUUCACCCACCAAGCCUGUCCCUGUUGGGGAUGGAGUGAAAACAUUCAACUUUCCAGAGACCGUGUUUACCACGGUCACAGCCUAUCAGAACCAGCAGAUCACCAGAUUAAAAAUUGACCGAAACCCUUUUGCUAAAGGAUUUAGAGAUUCUGGAAGAAACAGAACUGGACUGGAAGCCAUCAUGGAGACUUAUGCGUUUUGGAGACCCCCUGUGCGCACACUCACCUUUGAGGAUUUUACCACCAUGCAAAAGCAGCAAGGGGGCAGCACAGGCACUUCCCCAACCACCUCCAGCACUGGGACACCAUCCCCUUCAGCUUCUUCUCAUCUUUUAUCUCCAUCCUGUUCUCCUCCAACAUUUCAUCUGGCCCCCAACACUUUCAACGUGGGCUGUCGAGAGAGCCAGCUGUGUAAUCUAAACCUCUCUGAUUAUCCACCCUGUGCCCGAAGCAACAUGGCUGCCUUGCAGAGCUACCCAGGGCUGAGUGACAGUGGCUACAACAGGCUCCAGAGUGGCGCUACUUCAGCCACUCAGCCCUCUGAAACCUUCAUGCCUCAGAGGACUCCAUCCCUGAUCUCAGGAAUCCCAACUCCUCCCUCAUUGCCUAGCAAUAGCAAGAUGGAAGCCUACGGUGGCCAGCUGGGGUCCUUCCCCACCUCCCAGUUUCAGUAUGUCAUGCAGGCAGGCAAUGCAGCCUCCAGCUCCUCAUCACCACACAUGUUCGGGGGCAGCCACAUGCAACAGAGCUCCUACAAUGCCUUCUCUCUCCACAACCCUUACAAUCUGUAUGGAUACAAUUUCCCCACUUCCCCUAGGCUAGCUGCAAGCCCAGAAAAACUGAGCACCUCUCAAAGCACUUUACUCUGUUCUUCUCCUUCCAAUGGGGCCUUUGGAGAGAGGCAGUACCUGCCUACGGGGAUGGAGCACAGCAUGCACAUGAUUAGCCCUUCACCCAAUAAUCAGCAGUCGACUAACACUUGUGAUGGCCGGCAGUAUGGGGCGGUCCCAGGCUCCUCCUCUCAGAUGUCAGUACACAUGGUUUAAUGGCCAGUCCAGAUGCCACGGAGUGGACAGCAGCCAAGGCCCCAGAAUCUCCAUGGGCAGAUCCUCCUUUUGGGAGCCCAACACCUUUGAAAAACAGGAACUGUGUAUUAUUUUUAUUUUCUUUUCUGGAGGAGGAAAGCACAUACCCAAGAUCAACAAGAGACAUUUAAGACACUGAAGGAUACUUGCGGUGGGAUCGUCUCUGACUCAGUGGCCAUUCUCCUGCCUUCCCAAACCUUAGUUUUACAAAGCAUUGUCUACUCCAGAGUGGACUUUGAAGAAACUGAAUAACCAUUUUAUAAUAAAGUUAAGGGAGAUGCUAGUGUGUAGCAGCCAUGAAAUUUGCCCACACACAAAUACAGACCUACCUAUACAUACACAUGUGCAUGCAUGAUACACACACAUAUAUAUUCAUACACAAACUCAUACAUACACAAACAUACAUGCACACUGACUUGGAACUGGGUGAACUCUGUGGAGGGAGGCCCAGAAUGGGUGCUUUCACCAAGAAUUUGUCUAUGUACAACACUAGACGGACUGGGCCAGCAGUGGCUGCCAACCUUCAUCCCCUGCAGCUUACCCUGUUUCUGGAAUGAACUGUGUAUCCUGAAACCCUUUCCCAUCAAUGAAGGUGGAAAGACAUCAGCACUACAACAGGACUUGGCUUCCUGAAAAAGAUCGCUUUUGAACUUUGGCUCUCUUCACUCAGUGUGCUAUCAUUGAUGUUCCCAGUGGUGCCUGUGAAAAGAGAAAGAGCAGCUGAACAAGAGAGAAGCAGAAAGAAUAGAGAGCAAGAGAGAGAUGGAGAGCAAGACUGAGAGAGGAAGUGUGAGCAAUGAUGAGAGUUUUAAUUCACCACGGAAAUUUGUUUUUGGUUUGUUUCUCCUCCUUCCCCCUACAGGUUAUAGAAAGAAUCAUGGCGUUAUUGAGGAGUAAACCUCUCUGGGACACUGCACAUGGUCACGGCACUGGUUAGAGUGACUGGAGCGUGGAAUGGAUCUUGAUCCCACAGCUCUGACCAUUGUGAUCCAGAAGAGGGGUGCACCACAUAGGAAGUGCCAAUUCCCACGCAUGCAGCCUGGCAGGGGAAGGGAAAUAGAAGGAGUGUGAGAAAGGAAGAGUUUUAUAAUCCCAACAGAAGAUAGCAAGAGCAGAGGUGACAAAUAGAGGCCUGGCCUUCCGCAUGCCAGAUCCAGACACCCAUUUGGAUUGCCUGUCCCCUAGCCCCUGUGGCAGGGAAAUCCCAUCAUGUCCCAGGGAAUUGCAGAUGGGCCUUCUACAGCCUUCCACCUGCCCUUAGAGCUCCAUUUUUAUCAAAUAGUUCAUUGCAUUUUGAAGUUUUGGGUUUUUUCCUUCAUCUUCCCCUUGAAAUCCUUUAACGAUAAGAAAACAAGUGAAGUUUGGUGCAAGCUAAACUUUUUAAGUGGUGUGGAAAUGCAAAUAAUACCAAGUAAAAUAAUACAGAUAUUAUUAAGAUUUUUGGUUUUGAGGUGUUGUAGAUAAAUGUAUUUAUGUGCCUAGUGGGGAAUCCAAUAUUAUGAAUAUUAAAAAAGGGGGCAAUAAAAAGGGUAUGUAAAAUAUGUAUGAAGAAAAGGUGUAUAAAAAUUUGCCCUUAUGCACGGAACUCUGUUUCUAAGUGCCAAGCACAGAAAGCCGCUAAAUAAAAUCUUUGCAAUUGUUUUCUG